GAGAGAAAAUGAGCUAUCAGUCAGGGUCAACACACUCGAGAUAAGAGUUUGCCAAAUCCUUGACCGGCUUCAUCAUGAUAAAUAGAUGUCCUGGGGGCACCUUCUCGACCUUCUGAUGAGGCCAUCACUCAUCCAUAUACUCCGGCACCCACAUCUAUCAUGGCGGCGGCAGCAGUUCUACCAGCCUCAGCUGAUCAAAAACGGCACUGGAUCCCAAACAUCGCUCCACCUAAGCUCUCGGAGACUAAGAAUGAUGUAUUCGAUCCCACACGGCAUCUUGCCUUCAAGGAGACCCCCAAGGUCUACACAAUGAAGGAUAUAGGCCUCCCUGAGGACACGGGAAUAUCACCCGUUGCCGUUUCAGAGCCUUUCCCGUUGUUCACAGAAGACGCCGUGAUGAAGAUGAGGCAAGAGGUCCUAAGCCCAGAAGUGCUUAGCAACUGCCAGUACUCUAGCAAUCUAGCGCACUGCCAACUAAGAGGGUUCGCAAAUAAAUACGCGCCCUUUGUGUACGAUGUAUGGAAGAGCCCCGAGACGCUGGCUGUAAUAUCAAAGGUCGCUGGCAUCGAUCUAGUAACCGAGAUGGACUUUGAGAUCGGUCACAUCAACAUAUCGGUCAAGUCUGAGGAGGAGAAACAAGAAGAGCUCCAGGCAUUCAAUGACAGAGCCCAGUAUGAGGCCGACGAGGGCAUUGCAGGCUGUCCAUGGGAGGACGACAAGCCAAUUGUGGACUGGCACACUGACAGCUAUCCCUUUGUUUGUGUAACCAUGCUCAGUGAUUGUACUACCAUGAUUGGUGGCGAGACGGCCCUCCGCACUGGCACGGGUGAGAUUAUGAAAGUAAGGGGUCCUCAAAUGGGCUGUGCUGUAGUGCUACAAGGCCGAUAUAUUGAGCACCAAGCUCUACGAGCCCUUGGUACAGCAGAACGAAUUAGCAUGGUAACAUCAUUCAGACCGCGCUGCCCGACAGUUCGCGAUGAUACUGUGCUAACAACGGUGCGCCCGAUCUCAAAUCUUGCGGACUUGUACAACCAAUUCAGUGAGUACCGGCUUGAGAUACUCGAGGAGCGCGUACGCCAGCAGUUAAAGGAGCUGCGAGAGGCUAAUAGCGCCGGUCGCCGGGUCGCUACUCGCAAGCUCAAGGCAUUUUUCACUGAGCAGCAAGAAUUCCUUGCGCAUAUGAAUCGCGAGAUGGUAGACGACGAGGAGGUAAUUCGGGGAAAUAUCGACGAUAGUCACCUACUGACUAAGAAAGCAGAGGCUAUGGCCUCUUCAGCGAAAAAGGCUGCGACCGGGUCGAAGAAACGCCCGCGUCGCUUUUAAAGGAGCCAUGUGAAGAAGGAUAAUACUCUACCUCCAGCCUUCCGCACAUUUCUGUGCUGCUAGAAUGGGGACAAUAGCAGCCGGAAUGGUGUUCUUGUUUUAGCACCCAAUAGUGGUACCGUCUAUCGUUCGAAGCUAGCGUUGUAGCGUUCUACUUAUCAGUUGCCAAUUUUAGCUCUCAUAUCACUGCCCCGGUUUAGCUCGUAUCUUCAUGAGCUCCUGA